AUGUGACAGGCAAAGCCUAUGUUCAGGUGGACAGUUUUGCAGGUGAUACCCGGUUGCGAAUCUAACUAUUCUUUGCAGACAGGCUACAGCAAUUUAGCUUUGCAGAAAGUUGAGAGCCUAUAAAGGUUGGAUGCAUUACAAAUGGAGCACACUGUCACUAGAGUAUAACCCGGUCGUAUAUAUGUUAAUCAUCACUCAGAAAACUAAAAUUGUUCAUCAUCUGUUAUUUGCAAAAAUGUUACGACAAGUAAACGUUGCCAUUGCUGCUCUGUUAGUUCUGGCAUUACUGUUGGUUUCAUCUUCGGAUGCAUCUGUCUUUGCUUCUCGUUCUUUUGUUUCUUUAACUUACAAUAUACAACUAGUUGAAGAAGAAGUAGAUGCUCUUUUGAAAUGGAAAUCAUCACUUAUUAACCAAAAUCAUUCUCUUCUCUCUUCUUGGAAGGUGAAUUCUACUGCGAGUACAACGAGUCCAUGCAAGUGGUAUGGAAUCAAUUGUAAUAGAAAGGGAAACGUCAAUGAAGUGAAUAUAGCUGGUUUGGGUUUACAAGGUACGCUCCAUAUAUUCAAUUUCUCAUCUUUCUCCAACUUUGUUAGUCUUGACUUGAGCAGGAAUGAACUCUUCGGAACCAUUCCAUCCCGAAUUAGUAUUCUUUCAAAACUCACCCACCUUGAUCUUUCCUUCAAUAAAUUUUCUGGACAUAUUCCACCAGAAAUAUCAUCUCUCACAAGUCUGCUAUACUUAGACCUUUCUCAAAAUCUAAUUAGUGGAUCCAUCCCUCAUGAAGUUGGCAAUUUAUAUUCUCUGACUGAUGUAAGGUUGUACAUAAAUAAUCUGAGUGGUCCAAUGCCUUCUUCUAUCUGCGAUCUGACUAACUUGACCAGUAUAUCAUUUUAUGAAAAUCAAAUCUCGGGUGUCAUUCCUCGAGAUAUCGGAAGGUUAAGUUCUCUUACCUUCUUAGAAUUGUCCACGAAUAGUCUUAGUGGUUCAAUCCCUGCUUCUUUAACCAAUCUGACUAGUCUGGACACUCUUUACCUAUAUAAUAACCAACUUUCUGGAAUCAUUCCUCGAGAUAUAGGAAGGCUACGGUCUCUUAUAAGCUUUGAUAUGUCUACAAACAACCUCAGUGGUUCACUUCCUGCUUCAUUAACCAAUUUGAUUAGACUAGACGAUCUUUCCCUUAACCAAAAUCAACUUUCUGGUAUCAUUCCUCGAGAUAUAGGAAGGCUACGCUUUCUUACCACCUUUGAUUUGUCCAGAAACAGUAUCAAUGGUUCAAUCCCUACUUCUAUAUGCCGCUUGGCCAGCCUUACAUGGUUAUCCGUUUAUGGAAAUCAACUUACUGGCACCAUCCCUCAAGAUAUUGGAAGGCUAAGGUCUCUUACCAUCUUACAGUUGUUCCAAAACCAACUUACUGGUUUAAUCCCUGCUUCCGUGGGUAAUUUGAGAAAUUUGACUCGUUUAUCACUUUUUCAAAAUCAAUUAAGCGGUUCGUUACCAAUAGAAAUCAACAAUCUAACACAGUUGAAAAUAUUAGAUUUUGCUGAGAAUAAGCUUUCUGGUUAUUUGCCUCAACAUGUAUGUCAAAGCGGAAUGCUGCAAGAAUUUUUGGCAGGUUAUAACUACUUCACGGGUUCCAUACCAAGAAGUCUUAGAAAUUGCACUAGUUUAAGAGUCCUCGGAGUUGAAAACAAUAAUCUGGUAGAUAAUAUAACCGAGGCGUUUCACGUGUAUCCGCAUCUAUUUAGAUUUAAUGUGGCUUUCAAUAUGUUUUAUGGUGAACUCUCAAAAGACUGGGGGGAUUGUCAGAAUUUAACAGCCAUAUCUUUCACAUGGAACAAUAUCAGUGGCAAAAUACCAUCUGAAAUGGGAAAGUUGAAAAGUUUAAGUGCACUAUAUCUUACUUCCAAUAAUUUAGUAGGGGAAAUUCCAGAGGAGUUGUUCAAAUUGUCUUCAUUGAUCUAUUUGAGUGUGUGCAAUAACCAACUCUCAGGUAAGUUGUCUUCUGCCAUUGGAAUGUUAUCCAGCCUGCAAGAUCUCGACUUAUCGAGAAAUAAGUUCAUCGGACCAAUACCCAAACAGCUAGGGGAGUGUUCAAAGUUACUAUCUCUGAAUUUGAACUCAAACAAUUUCAUUGGAAGUAUCCCACCCCAGAUAGGAAACUUGGAUUCAUUACAGAUAUUGUUAGAUCUUAGUUACAAUGAGUUGAGUGGAGAGAUACCAUCAGCUCUCGGGAAACUAAGCAAACUGAUAAAUCUCAAUUUAUCCCAUAAUAAGCUUUCUGGUUCAGUUCCAUCUUCAUUUGAUCAAAUGUUUAGCUUAACCACUGUCAAUAUUUCCUACAAUCAAUUGAGUGGUUCUCUUCCAAACAUCAAGGCCUUUAAGGAUGCUUCCAGUGAUGCUUUGAAGAACAAUAAAGGGUUGUGUGGUAAGAACUCUAGAGGUCUAAAACCGUGUAAUUCUUCGGUUGUUAUUGGAAGAAAACAGUCCAAGCAUAAUAAACUUGUGCUAAUAAUCCUGCUUCCUUUGUUCGGUUCGCUGUUUCUUUUAUUCAUACUCCUCGCCAUUUUGAUUCGCCUUCGACAAAUAUCAGUAAGAAGUAUGGCACUUGGAAAUCAGCCUAGAGUUACCAAUACCGGAAGAAAUUUAUUUUCAAUUUGUAAUUACGAUGGGAGAAUAGUGUUCGAAGACAUAAUUGAAGCAACCGAGGAUUUUAAUGCUAAAUACUGCAUUGGAACGGGGGGAUAUGGGAGUGUUUACAAAGCAGAGCUGUCAACAGGUCAGGUUGUUGCUGUGAAGAAACUUCACCUGUCAGGUGAUUCCCAGAUAUUUGAUAUCAAGUCAUUUGAAAGUGAAGUUCACGCACUGACAGAAAUCCGACACCGGAAUAUUGUGAAGUUUUUCGGUUUCUGCUCUAAUCUUGAAAGGAAAAUCUCAUUUUUGGUUUAUGAGUUCGUAGAGAGGGGAAGUCUGAAAAAUGUUUUAUGCAAUGGGGAACAAGCAAUGGGGUUCGACUGGAUAAAGAGGUUAAGAUUCAUAAGGGGAACGGCUAGUGCACUUGCUUACAUGCACCAUGAUUGCACUCCAGCAAUAGUUCACAGGGACAUAUCAAGCAACAAUAUUUUAUUGGACUCUGAAUAUGAAGCUCAUGUUUCUGAUUUUGGUACGGCUAGAAUUUUGAAGCCAGAUUCAUCCAAUUGGACUUCACUUGCAGGAACCUAUGGAUAUAUUGCUCCAGAGCUUGCAUACACAAUGAAGGUGACGGAGAAGUGUGAUGUUUAUAGCUUUGGGGUGAUCAUAUUAGAAGUACUAAUGGGAAGGCAUCCAUCUGAAAUCAUCACAUUGCUCUCUCAAAUUCUUCUUUCAUCUUCGUCAUCGAGGAACAAGGGGCAAAACAUAAGGUUGAGAGACAUCUUAGACCAAUGCAUUGGAGCACCGCCUGCUGCUGUUCAGAAUGAAAUAAUGUGCAUUGUGAAAGUUGGAUUUUCAUGUUUACGUGCUGAUCCCCUUACUCGACCAACUAUGGAAGAAGUAUCAGCGGAGCUAUCACGGUCAGUGCAGAGCAAUGCAUCUUUGCCAAAGUCCUUUGAAACUAUUACUUUAGCAGACCUACUCAUGUUGUAAUAAGGAUUCGUUUUGUGUCGCACUACAACUUCGAUUGUUCUGUUUGUUGUAUAUGUGAAGGAAGAA